AUGUGCUUCCCUGCCAUCUGUGUGGGUGCAGGCGCCAAGUCUCUGAAGCAGGGAAAGGUGGCCCUCAGCAGAGUGGAGUUUGCCCUAUCAGUGGCAUGGGGAAAGAGGCCUCCAGGCCGGAAGAAACAGGCAGAGCCCAAGCUGAGGGACGGUCUGGAGGCCUGGCUGCGCAGCCCCUGGGUGCCCUCGUGCCUCGGGCAGCCCCGAGUCCUGCAGGGCCGCCUGGCCAGGUCCUCACCCUCGCUGUGGGACAGCGCGCUGCAAGAGCAGAAGGGCGAGCUGCGCAAGCGGCUGUCCUACACCACGCACAAGCUGGAGAAGCUGGAGACCGAGUUCGACUCCACGCGUCACUACCUAGAGAUCGAGCUGCGCCGCGCGCAGGAGGAGCUGGAAAAGGUCACGGAAAAGCUGCGCAGGAUUCAGAGCAACUACAUGGCGUUGCAGAGGGUCAACCAGGAGCUAGAGGACAAACUGUACCGCAUGGGUCAGCACUAUGAGGAGGAGAAGCGUGCACUGAGCCAUGAGAUUGUCGCCCUCAACAGCCACCUGCUGGAGGCCAAGGUGACCAUCGACAAGCUGUCAGAGGACAACGAGCUCUAUAGGAAGGACUGCAAUCUAGCGGCCCAGCUGCUGCAGUGCAGCCAGACCUACGGCAGGGUCCAUAAGGUGUCCGAGCUGCCCUCGGACUUCCAGCAGCGUGUGAGUCUGCACAUGGAGAAGCACGGAUGCAGCCUGCCCUCGCCGCUCUGCCACCCGGCCUACGCGGACAGCGUCCCCACCUGUGUCAUCGCCAAGGUGCUGGAGAAGCCUGACCCCACCAGCCUGUCCUCCCGUCUGUCGGAUGCCUCAGCCCGAGACCUGGCCUUCCGCGAUGGGGUGGAGAAGCCAGGCCCCCGGCCCCCGUACAAGGGGGACAUCUACUGCAGUGACACGGCCCUCUACUGCCCUGAGGAGCGGCGGCAUGAUCGGCGGCCAAGCGUGGAUGCACCUGUGACCGACGUGGGCUUCCUGCAGGCCCACAACUCCACCGACAGCACGGCCGAGGAGGAGGAGGCCGAGGCGGCGGCCUUCCCUGCGGGCUUCCGGCAUGAGGCCUUCCCGGGCUAUGCGGGCUCGCUGCCCACAUCCAGCUCCUACUCGAGCUUCAGUGCCACCUCCGAGGAGAAGGAGCACGCGCAGGCCAGCACCCUCACGGCCUCGCAGCAGGCCAUCUACCUGAACAGCCGCGACGAGCUCUUCAACCGCAAGCCGCCUGCCGCCGCUGCCACCUACGACGGCAGCCCACGCUUUGCCAAGGCCACAGCUGUGGUGGCGGCCCCACUCGAGGCCGAGGUGGCCCCAGGGUUUGGGCGGACAGUGUCUCCGUACCCGGCCGAGUCCUUCCGCUUCCCGGCCUCGCCGGGCCCCCAGCAGGCCCUGAUGCCCCCAAACCUGUGGAGCCUGCGGGCCAAGCCAGGAAGCACCCGGCUGGCCAGUGAGGACGUUCGAGGGCAGUGGCGGCCCCUGAGCGUGGAGGACAUUGGUGCCUACUCCUACCCGGCUGGCACUGUCAGCCGUGCCUCACCCUGUAGCUUCUCUGAACGCUAUUACGGUGGCAGUGCAGGCAGCCCAGGCAAGAAGGCCGAGGGCCGCACCAGCCCCCUCUAUGCCACCUACAAGGCCGACAGCUUCUCGGAGGGUGACGACCUCUCCCAGGGCCACCUGGCCGAGCCCUGCUUCCUGCGGGCCGCUGGCGACCUGAGCCUCAGCCCCAGCCGUUCAGCCGACCCGCUCCCUGGCUACGCACCCAGCGAGGGGGACGGGGACAGGCUCGGAGUGCAGCUGUGCGGGGCUGGCAGCAGCCCUGAGCCUGAGCAUGGCUCCAGGGACUCCUUGGAGCCCAGCUCCAUGGAGGCCUCACCCGAAAUGCAUCCUGCCGCCCGCCUCAGCCCCCAGCAGGCCUUCCCGCGGACUGGCAGCUCGGGGCUGAGCCGCAAGGACAGCCUGACUAAGGCCCAGCUCUACGGAACCUUGCUCAACUGAGCGU